AUGGCCGAAAUACCACCCGACCCAAAUGAAAAUCCAACUGAGAAAAACAUUCCAAAGAAUAAACAAGGAUCAAAAAUAAUUUAUCGAUACGUCAUCUCAUUUAGUUACUUGCACCUCGCUGCGUUGUAUGGCUUGUACUUAUGUUUGACAUCAGUGAAGUGGCCAACCAUUGGAUUUGGUUUGCUUAUGUAUCACAUAACUAUAAUAGGCAUCACUGCAGGUGCCCAUAGACUUUGGUCUCACAGAAGUUACAAAGCGAAAUUUCCCCUACAAGUAAUUCUUAUAGUGCUAAACAGCAUGGCGUUCCAAAACACAACUUUAACAUGGGCCAGAGACCAUCGAGUGCACCAUAAAUGCUCCGACACCAAUGGUGAUCCACACAACGCCAACCGUGGAUUCUUCUUCUCACAUAUGGGAUGGCUGAUGACCAAAAAAUCGGACGAGGUGAUAAAACAAGGGAAGUCUAUGGACAUGUCUGACUUAUACAACAACCCCGUUUUACGUUUUCAGAGAAAAUAUGCGUUGCCAGUAAUUGGUACUCUUUGCUUCAUUCUCCCGACUUUUAUACCGAUGUAUUUCUGGGGUGAAACUUUGAACAAUGCUUGGCAUAUGAACAUACUCCGCUAUGUCACGGUUCUGCAUGUGACGUGCUGCAUCAAUAGUGUUGCCCACAAAUGGGGCUACAAGCCUUACGAUAAAAAUAUAUUGCCGAGUCAAAAUGUUCUGCUGAGUGCUUUUGCUCUUGGCGAAGGAUUCCACAACUAUCACCACGUGUUCCCGUGGGACUACCAGGCAGCUGAAUUUGGAAAUAAAAAGUUGAGUCUCACUACUUGGUUCAUCGAUUUUUUUGCGAAGAUUGGAUGGGCAUACGAUAUGAAGACAGCUUCCGAAGAAGUUGUACGGAAUCGAGCGGAGAGAACUGGCGAUGGAACUGAUCUGUGGGGUGCACGUGAUAACAAUAACUAUAAAAUAUUAGAAAAAGUAGAGUGAAGUCUAAAUUCUAAUUUAUUGAACAAGUUUGGUUUAUUUAUGUAGGUAGGCACUUGUAGUCAAAUUCCACAAAGUACCAGAAGAUGAAUCAAAGUACAAAAAGUCGAUUCAAGUACCUAAAGCGUCCACUACAAUGAUGAUAAUUGUGCUUUUUACCUUUUUUCGGCUGGAUAGUUGACUUAGUCGAGCAGUUAAUCAGUAUGGGCAUGUAUAAAAGUGCGCACAUUACACCGAUUUAAUUUUCAUACAAAUUAAAGUCGAUGGCCUGCGCCUAGGCCUUGUCAAACAUGCAUUGGUCUACAGUUCAUUCGCUGAAAGUUGUAAUUGGAAAAAAUCUAUUAGUUACCUAGUUGGUUAAAUAGUUUUCGGUAACAAUAUGUUAUAG